AAAUUAUCUCAGUAACCAACGUAAAGCCCCAGCACCGGGUUACAGCAGGUGCCAUGAUCGGGACGCAGUGCACGAUGUUCGUCGCGUGGUCGUCACUACUCGCGGCGAUGGCGACGACACUCGGUACCGGCGAGUUCCGGUUCACCGUGUUGCACACCAACGACUUGCACUCCCAUUAUGACGAGACUUGCGGCGGCGGCGGCGGUCCGUGCGUCGGUGGUUUUGCCCGGCUGCGCGGCGCCCUGGACGCCGAACGGGCCGAGGCGGCCGCGGACGGACGGCCGGCCAUCUACUUGCACGCCGGCGACACGUUCCAGGGCACGCGGUUCUACAGCGAGCUCCGCUGGGAACCGGCCGCCGAUUUCAUGGGCGAUCUCGGCGCGGACGCCAUGUGCUUGGGAAAUCACGAGUUUGAGGACGGCCCAGAAGGGUUGGCACCGUUUUUGAAGUCGAAAAACAUCAGUUCCAUACCAAUGGUGUGUGCAAACAUUCGCACCGAAGGCGAACCGAGUCUGGCCAACAUCCGUCCAUCCACGGUAUUAACAGUCGGCGGCCGUACCGUAGGCGUGAUUGGUUAUCUGACACCCGACACCGAGGUUGAAAAUAUAUUGGGUAAAAUCAAAUUGACCGACGAACUGCAGAGUAUAAGAGCCGAGGUGACCAAGUUGAAAGGUUCCGGGGUAGAGUUCAUCAUAGCACUUGGUCAUUCGGGUCUCGAGAUGGACCGGAGAGUGGCCAGAGAAGUGGACGGCGUGGACGCAGUGGUUGGAGGACAUUCGCACUCGUAUCUGUUCAGCGGUAAGCCGCAGGAUACCGAGAUCCCGGUUGGACCGUAUCCAAUUAUGGAGAACAGAAGCGAAUGCAUCGUGCCUGUGGUGCAAGCGUACGCGUACGCUAAAUAUUUGGGAAAAUUAGUUUUGACUUUUAACAGUGAUAAGCGUUUGAUAAGUGCUGCCGGUGGACCGAUUUUAUUGGACCAAUCUAUUCCUCCGGAUGCGAAUACUUUGAAAAAAGUGGAAUAUUAUAAGAGUUUGUUGGCCAAAAAACAAGUACACGAAAUCGUAGGGAAAACAAAGGUAUUUUUAGAUGGUAACUGUAGGUGUUCGGAGACAAAUCUGUGCGACAUGAUUCCUGAUUCUUUUAUACGUUUUAAUGUCAACCAUUUAUUGAAAAACAACGUGACCUUAAUCGGUUGGACCGACGCUGCGAUAGCAAUAACUACUAGUAGCAGUAUUCAAAGUUCAAUAAAUGCUUCUGAAACUCAAGGAGAUUUUUACAGGUUCGAUGUUGAACGGACAUUACCUUACAAAACCCCUUUGUUCAAAGUGAUCAUAACUGGAAGAACGAUAAUAAAAGCACUGGAGCACAGUGCUAGCAGUCACGAUUAUAAAAAUUGUGCCCGUCCAGAACACAACAUAUACGGAAAUUUCAUUCAUAUGUCAGGGAUGCAUGUCACUUACAACAUGAAAAUGGGCCCGGGCUCACGAGUGCAGUCCGUGGACGUGCGAUGCGCGGAAUGCAAAGUACCGAUGUACGAGCCAAUCGAUCCGGACAAACAGUAUUCAGUGUUACUGUCAAAAUACAUAGCUGGCGGCGGCGACCAGUUCAAAAUGAUCCAAGAAGGAAUAAUCAAAUCGACCGAUCUCGGUAUUACAGAAUUGGAAGCCUUCUUGGACUAUGUUAAAGAAAUAAGACCAAUUUACGCUGGAAUUGAGAACAGAGUAAAAAUAUUGAAAUAAACACUCAUCAAAAGAUGUUCGUUCGAACUUGACUGUAAACAAUACGGUGUAUGGGGGGAGGAUAUCUAUUAUUCAAUUUUUUGGCCGUUUGAAUUAAUAUAUUAAUAAAUGCGAUAUGAUUCGAUGUACAAUAUUUGCAUUCAUACACACACACAACUUAACCAUACAAAUAUUAAACGUACUAUUGUCGUUGCA